CAUUUCCUCACGCGCAGGUGAGGCAGCUGAUUGUCAACAUAAUACCACGAAUACGCCAAUCCACUGAGUCUGUUCUCCUGUGUGCCUUCUCUCCGUAGAGAAGUCCGCAAUUUGGCCAAAUUUUCUCCUUUGUCUUUCCCCUCCUUUUGAGCAGACGUCAUCACGGCUGACGACGGCUUUGACGGCGAGGAACGUCGCGCUUCACACAGCCUCGAGUUGCACGACAUGGUGCCUGUUGGGGAGGGCGACGGUGCCGCUGAGCCGCUCAUUCGUCGGGACAGUGACGAACACCGUUACUCGGGGGGUAAUGAAGGUGCAGGUUCAGCGCGGAGAGAUGCCAGCCGCGUGGUAGUUGAGGAGGAGGACGAGGGCGUCACGUUCGGCUGGUUCAUAUGGAUCCUGACCUUCUCUGCCGGCGUGAGCGGGCUACUGUUUGGAUACGAGUAGGCAGCCUCGAUUACCCUGAGAUACGAGAGAGGAAUGAAUAAGAGAAAGAAACAGGUGCUAACAUGCUGGCUUCCCAUCUGCAGCACGGGUGUCAUCUCGUCCACCCUCGUCUCGAUCGGAACCGACCUUUCGGCCAAUGGCACGCCGCUUACCACGCUGCACAAGUCGCUCAUCACGUCCGCGACGUCAUUCUUCGCCCUUGUGGCUUCCCCCACCGGGGGCCAUCUCUCGGACGCUUUAGGACGGCGGACGUGCAUCCUGCUUGCGGAUGCUUUAUUCACCGCAGGCGCUCUGUGGCAGGCGUUGUCUACGUCUGUAACAGGCAUGGUACUUGGUCGCAGCGUUGUCGGCUUAGCAGUUGGCGCGGCUUCUUUCGUUACCCCGCUGUACAUUGCCGAGCUUGCGCCACGGACCGCCCGAGGCCGUCUCGUCACCGUCAACCAACUCUUCAUCACCGGUGGUCAGGUGGUCGCUUACUUGAUUGGAUGGGCAUUUGCAGGUGUCGGAUCCGGCUGGCGCUGGAUGGUUGGACUUGGCGCCACGCCUGCCGUCGUUCAGGCUGUUCUCAUGCUUGCCAUGCCCGAGACUCCGCGCUGGCUCGUCCAACGCGGACGUGCCGAUCGCGCUGCCGCCGUCCUAGGUAAGGUGUAUGGGCGCGGCAGUGAGAGGGUUGUACAGGGCAUCAUGAAGAGCAUUGAGGACGAGAUUAGAGAGGAGAGAGCCACGAGAAAGGCGGUCGGUACGGAUGACGGUAGACCCGCCGGUCUCGUCGAAACUUUUGGCGAGCUGCUUCACGUAGGCGGCAACAGGAGAGCUUUGACUAUUGCAUGUCUGCUCCAGGGUGCCCAGCAACUGUGUGGCUUUAACUCCCUCAUGUACUUCUCGGCCACCAUUUUUGCCAUGAUCGGCUUCUCUAAUCCGGUAGCGACCUCUUUGGUCAUCGCAUGCACGAACUUCGUCGCCACGCUCCUCGUCUUCAAGGUGAUCGACCGCAUCGGUCGUCGCCGCAUCCUCCUCCUCAGUAUCCCCUUCAUGGUUGCCGGCCUAGCACUCUGCGCUGUCGCCUUUUGCUUCGUUCACUUACCUAAGAACGAGGCUGGUACUUCGGACAUAGGAAAGUUCAUGCUGCUACUCCGCCGACAAACAGGGUCGCCCAGACCAUCGGGUGUGUGGGCCGUUAUCAUCGUCUUUGCAAUGAUUCUGUACGUCGCCGCAUAUGCACUUGGCCUCGGCUGUGUACCCUGGCAGCAGUCCGAGCUAUUCCCCCUCAGCGUGCGCGGUCUGGGCUCUGGCAUUGCGACGGGCACAAAUUGGCUGUGCAACACCAUCGUUGGCUUCUCCUUUCUUCCCAUGAUGCAAUGGCUCACCCCGACUGGCACAUUCACCGUAUAUGCUGCCGUGUGUGCCGCAUCCUGGAUCGCUGUGUGGCUGAUCUAUCCAGAGACGGCUGGGCUGGGUCUGGAAGAGGUUGGAGAGAUUUUGGCGACGGGAUGGGGGGUGAAGGAGAGCUUGCGGGCAUUUAGAGAGAGGAAGAGACCUAUUACUAGAUAAGUAGACAAAUUUUUAGAUCAAGUUUCACGUUGGCA